GAUAUCAGAUGUCAGAUUUUGUAAGCCGGUGUCAAGUCUGUACUAGGCUGCGCUCUUCAGACUGACUUUCAGCUGCCUAUAUCGUUGCUUCAAGACAGUCAGUUGUUAUUGUUUGUUGUGUCCAUAUUGGUCUUGUUUGUUUUAAUUUAAUUUAAAUUUUGUUACGGAUCCUGCACCAUGAGUGAAGAACAUCUUGCUGUAGAUUCAGCCUGCCCACCGAUGAAGGACGGAGAAGUGCGUCUGUACGGGAUGAGGUUCUGCCCGUUCACCCAGAGGGUCCGUAUUGUGCUGAACGCCAAGAACAUCCCACACAAUGUUGUGAACAUCAACCUUAAAAACCAGCCCGAGUGGUACUUCAAAAUUCAUCCUGACGGGAAAGUUCCUGCGCUGGACACGGGCAACGAAGUGGUGUUGGAGUCCCUGGACAUCGCUGACUUCCUGGACGAGAAGUUCCCCGACCCUCCCCUCUAUCCCAAUGACCCGGAACUGAAGAGCCGAGAUAAGGAAUUCAUUAAGAAAUUUGGCAAGGUCGUUGGCGCAACAUCGAGGGCUCUUCACAAUACGGAUAACUUGCCGGUAGAAGAGUACCUUAAAGAUAUCUUGGAACCUCUGGAAGAAUUCGAAGCGGAACUGACAAACCGAGGGACCACUUUCUUCGGAGGUGAUAAUCCGGGAAUGCUGGACUACAUAAUGUGGCCCUGGAGCGAACGUUCCAAAGUUCCAAGUGCCCUGCAGGAUAAGGAAUUCCAUUUCCAGAAAGAGAAGUUUCCAACGUUGGUUGCCUGGAGAGACGCGAUGAAAGAUGUGAACGCUGUGCGUGAUACCAUCACGAGCCUAGAGACGCAUGUCAAAUUCCUGAAGGGUUACUCAGGGGCCAAUCCCGAAUUCGACAACCUGUAAACACUUUCUAGAUUUCGGGAAGUGAACCUACACUCUCCAAGGAACUUAUAUCGAACAGAUACGCUUAAUGCAUUUGCUUCUUAAAAUAGCAGAGGGCACUUUCUAUUGUAUUGCUUUGCUUCUAACUUCCAACUUGACAAUAACAAUUAACCAAGAAAGCGUCUAUACCUAGAUAGCAAAGGGCAUUGUCGUGAACGAACCGCGUCUUUUAAUACCACCGUUAAGGUGUUGAAGUAGUUUGCCGAUGUCAUAACAGGAGAGCGCCACAUUCGCUACGGUUAUGGACGCAACACCUGACUUGCUCGUCUCAUGCAGACGUAAAUGUUUACCAGUUUAUUAAACCACUGCAAUAAUUUGUGUAUUAUCGUGUUAUAUAGACGUCUGUAUUUUUUUAGGCGCAUAAAGUAAUAUCAGAGCCUAUUAUGUUCUGAAUGGAAAUACAUUGUGUGAAAAACGUG